AAAUACCCCUUGGCUUUGAUGAACCAGCUGCUGUCUGUUUUUGGUGCGAAUGGCGGAUGCGCUUACGAUAUUGGGUGUGCGUUCGCAAAGACCCUAGCUAACAGCAGUGUCGGUCCCCUCGCCCAAAACCUUAAUCUAUGCAUGAUGGUUGGUGUGUUUCAUGGCCACGCUCAUAAUCAAAGGUGCCAACUAGAUUGGUACCCAUUGUUCAUUGAAGGGACUGGGAUGACUGAGGGUGAGGGAUGUGAGCAUAUAUUCUUGUCCUCAAAUGAUCUUGCCCGAAGCACUAGACAUGUAUCUACGUUUCAUUGCCAUCAAACAAUCGAGGAGCAUUUCGCCUUCUGGGACCAAGACAAAUAUGCAGCGUUAAGCACCUUUUUACGAAACCAUUACAGCCAAGCGCUAACCCUCAUCCACACACUCUCUGCUGAACUGUCGCCCAUUAAAGAAGCUCUCAACUUGACCGACACCGACUUUUCUCAGUUCCAUGCUGAUGAACGAUCUUAUCUCGAAUCUCUCACAGAGCAGCCCCUCAGUGACCGACUUCAAAUUCGCUAUGUCCAGGUUCUU